AUGUCGACCUUCGAACCCGUCAUUGUCAUCGACGGCAAGGGCCACUUGCUCGGUCGCCUCGCCAGCACCGUCGCCAAGCAGCUCCUCAAUGGCCAGAAGAUCGUCGUCGUGCGAUGUGAGGCUCUCAACAUCUCCGGCGAGUUCUUCCGCGCGAAGCUGAAGUACUCGGCUUUCCUGCGCAAGCAGACCCGUUUCAACCCCACCCGCGGUGGUCCCUUCCACUUCCGCGCCCCCUCCAAGAUGUUCUGGCGAACUGUCCGCGGCAUGAUUCCCCACAAGACCGCUCGCGGUGCCGCCGCCAUGGAGCGCCUCAAGACGUUUGAGGGUAUCCCCGCCCCCUACGACAAGAAGAAGCGCGUCGUUGUUCCCCAGGCCCUGAGGGUACUGAGGCUCAAGCCCGGCCGCAAGUACUGCACUGUCGGACGUCUCGGCCACGAGUUCGGCUGGAAGUACCAGGACGUUGUUGCCCGUCUUGAGGAGCGCAGGAAGGUCAAGGGUGCCGCUUACUACGAGCGCAAGAAGGCCCUCCGACGGCAGUUGGCCGAGGCCAAGAAGACGGCCAACGUGGACAGCAAGACCCAGGAGCAGCUUACCGCCCUCGGAUACUAG